CGUCAGCCCACUAUAUAAGCAUGUGCCCUGUAAGUUAGUAGCAUUCUUGUGGCUCAAGAAAAAGGUUAAGGUUAGAGCUCCAACGUGAUGGAGAACCAGAAACCCAGUUGGUUUGAAAGAAUGAAGCCAUUCAUGGCUGUAGUAUUCUUGCAGACUGGGUUUGCAGGCAUGGAUGUUCUAUCCAAGGCUGCAUUGAACAAGGGGAUGAGCAAUUACGUGCUUGUCGUCUACCGUCAUGUUGUCGCCUUUUUUGUCAUCGUGCCUUUUGCAGUGAUCCUGGACAAGAAAGUUAGGCCAAAGAUGACAUUUUCAAUCUUCAUGAAGAUAGUGGCGCUCAGUGUGCUAGAGCCAGUUAUUGACCAAAAUUUGUACUUUCUGGGAAUGAAAUAUACAACGGCAACGUUUGCCGCCGCAAUGACUAAUAUCCUUCCCGCCAUCACCUUCAUCAUGGCCUGCAUUCUUAGGCUUGAGAAGUUGAAAAUAAGAAGCAUACGCAGCCAAGCCAAGGUGUUUGGUACUCUAGCAACUGUUGCUGGAGCCAUGGUCAUGACAUUGAUGAAAGGUCCGGUGCUUGAGUUAUUUGGAACACAUGGAAAUAGCAGCAACAGCCACUAUACCGGCAGGGCAAAUCUUCAACACGCAAUAAAGGGAUCAAUCAUGAUCACAAUAGGCUGCUUUAGCUGGGCUUGUUUCAUGAUCCUCCAAGCAAUUACUCUUGAAACUUACCCAGCUGAGCUCUCUCUUACAGCAUGGAUAUGCCUGCUAGGAUCAGUUGAAGGUGCCGUGGCUGCCCUGGUUAUGGAAAGGGGCAACCCUUCGAUUUGGUCUUUAAAUUGGGACACAAAACUGCUGGCUGCUGUCUAUAGUGGCAUUGUCUGCUCAGGAAUGGCUUAUUACAUCCAAGGGGUUGUGAUGAAAACUAGAGGCCCAGUAUUUGUUACUGCGUUUAGCCCCCUCUGCAUGGUAAUUGUCGCUAUCAUGGGCUCCAUCAUUCUAGCUGAGCAAUUGUACCUUGGAAGGGUGAUCGGUGCCAUUGUCAUUGUUUCGGGUUUGUACCUUGUGGUGUGGGGUAAAAGCAAAGAUUACGAUUCACUAACCCCAAUCCCCAAGGAGCACAUACUGCCAGACAAGUUCAGCUCAGGUGAGGGAAAUGCCCGAACUGAGCACUCCAAACAUGAGGUCAUCACUAUCAUCAAUUUUGAAGCAGCAAUCAGGACUAGAGAGGAACAAGUAUGAGGAAGUCAGACUAGUAAUCAUCAAAGUUUCAGUUACCCAGGAGCAAUCCAGCCAUAAUGCAGGCCCAUUCUCAAUGAAACAAAAGCAGAAGUAUAGUUAGCUACUUGCUUGAUCCUUCAAUUGUGAUGUACGUUAUUAGAGGUUUUCAAUGUAACAGUUAGAAACUCAAUAAGGCAGAAGAUAACCCACAAAAGAAAAGAGUCUAACUUUGCGUCUAUACAUUAGAUUGCUGCAAAGUUAAAUGUCAAGUAUUAACCUGCAGCACCAUGAAAAAUCCAAGGUUCAAGACGAUUUCCAGUUGA